AUCGAUAAGUCAGCGAUUACUAAUAAGAGUCGACCGUGUGGCAACGCCAGGAACAGCUGUUUGACUGUUGCUUAUUUUCAAUUUACACGUAACUUUCAAAACAAUCAAAUUGCUUUGGAAAUGAUUAUCCAGAAUAGAAGUCCUCUAAUAGGGCAGAUUUUGAGACGGUGCCAUCGACAAGCGGUGGAAAACAACGCUAUAAAAGCCAAUUUAACAGCAUAUUUUGGAAAAUGGCCCGAAACGGAGCAGAAGGAAUUUCGCCAGCAUAUGCGCAUCAUCACGGAUUUCAUUAGUGAGCCAGAGGAACAGCAGCUGCACGAGGAGAUCGAGCCCUAUAUGAGCCGUCUGCGCUACGAGUUCGAUCACUGGGACGAUGCCAUACACGGUUUUCGGGAGACGGAGCGGAAGAAGUGGUUCCCUAAAAACAGAGAGGUCCUGGAGCGCGUGCGCCAAGUCGCCUUCGAUGGAGCAGUUAUGCCCUAUGUCCACAUCCUGGAUCUUGCACCCGAUGGUGUUAUCAAGCCCCAUGUGGAUAGCACGAGAUACUGCGGCAACACCAUCUCUGGAAUCAGUCUACUUAGCGACAGUGUGAUGCGACUUGUGCGCACGGAUGAGCAGCGGUACCAACAGCAAUCGUCGGGAACGGCAACGGAUCCGAAUUCCCAGGGGUCAGAACCCGAUGCAGCUUAUCGCCAUCAGCCGGAGGCGCCUCUAAAGAACAACUUCUACGCUGACAUCCUGCUGCCCCGCCGCUCCUUGUACAUAAUGAGCCACACGGCUCGCUACAAAUUCACGCACGAGAUACUAGCUAAGGAGCACUCCCAGUUUCAGGGUACGCUGGUGCCCAGGACACGUCGCAUUUCCAUCAUUUGUCGCAACGAACCCUGAAGUCUUUUAAAUGAAAAUUAAAUUAUUAUUUACUGCAGUUGCAAAAUAUAAUUUUUGUAAAAAGUUGUUAGUUAGCAUAGAAUUUGUUAGUACAUUUUAAUACAAUUUCAAGCGAA